AUGAGUGGAAUAGAAGUUUAUACUACUAGCGACAGUAGUUUAGAAAUCGAAAAUCUAUACAAUUUUAGCUAGCUUUCAGCUGAAGAGGAUCCCAGCGAAAAAGAUAAGCAAACGCUACUUAUUAUUAAGAUCGUGUUCAUCUUUGUCGUGUUCACCAUUGAUGUCGUUUUUGGAAUAAUUCCAGCAAAGGUAAAGAGAUGUAAAGAGAGUCCUAAAUUCCUCGGAGUUGCUAAUGCAUUCAGUGGCGGUUUGUUCUUGGCCAUUGCAUUGAUUCAUAUUUUGCCAGAAGCUGUUAGGGAUUACAAUGAUUAUUGGGGAGAUGAUCACAAGGAUAGUGAAGGGAAGCCUGAAGAUCCACCAGUGCCUCUUCCAUUUAUACUUGUAUUUUGUGGUUAUACUUUAAUCCUCUUAUUCGACAAAGUAAUGUUUGACUCAGAGGCUCUUCUCAAUCUCGGGAAUGGCGGUCGUGGCCGUAGCGAAGUUAAACAUUCUCAUGGAUCUCAUGAGGAUAAUGAAGACCACCACGAUGACAAACAAGGAGUACAUGAGCAAGGUAAAGAUAACAGCCAUAGCCUCAAUAAUGUAAAGUAUUAGCAGGAAUACGUGGAUCCUGCCAUGGCAAAAUUAGUUAGCAACAUUAAGAAUUCAAUGAUUAGAGCUGAAGAAGAUAUCAAGUCAGGUGGAAACGUCAAGAAAAGUAUGAUCCAAGAACUAGAAGACAUAAGUAUGACCAUUAAGAAUUAUCUUUCAAAAACUGAGCAGUUUGCUGUCAGGAUGUCAAAUGCAGUUUAGAAAUCAGGCAUUAAGUCCUCUAAAGCAAGCUAAGGUUCCCACGAAUAGAACUAAUUGUUCGUUGACAAGUCAAAGAUCAAUCUCACUAAAUCUUCUCAAGCUGAUGCAUAGACCCAUGCUGAGUCACACAAUGGUGAUGAGAAGUAACCUGCCAAGUGCAAUUUAACUCCAUUUAUGCUUAUGAUUGCUAUGAGUAUGCAUGCCUUGUUCGAAGGACUAGCUUUUGGUCUUAUGAAUAAUUUGCCAAACGCAAUCAACCUCAUGCUCUCAAUUUUGAUUCAUAAGUUUGCUGAGGCUAUGUCAGUCAGUAUUGCUCUUUAAAAGUCUUUUAGUGAGUUUAGACAACUCCUAAAAUUCAUUAUUUUAUUCGCAAUUGCAACCCCUCUAGGUACAUCUCUGGGACUUAUCCUUAAUAAUGCACCAAAGCUAGUUAACAUUAUCUUUGUAUCUCUGGCUGGUGGUACCUUUGUCUACGUGGCUUGUUCAGAGUUAAUUAUUGAGGAGUUCACCAUGCCAGGCAACAGAUGGUUUAAACUUUUAGCUUUCAUUCUUGGAGCCGUCUUAAUUGGAAGCUUAUUGUUCUUUGAAAACUGA